GUCUCAUCUCCAUGCAGCCACUAGACGCUCCUCACCACUGGCGAGUCUCUCCCCCAUCUUGCAUGUGAAACAUUUACCCCCGGACAGAGCCUUUCCAACGGCUGUGGACAGUGCAGGGAAAAUCACACGGAAUGGAUUGCUAAAACUCGUUUUCUUGUCAUUUUUCCCGCAUGUCACCAUCCUCAAUGUCUCCCAACAGUUUUUAACUAAACAAAAUGAGGAUUACUUACCAACAGCUUCUCUUGCUAUUUUCUGGCUUUUGGGGACUGGCAAUGGGGGCUUUUCCAAGCAGUGUUCAAAUUGGCGGACUGUUCAUCAGAAACACAGAUCAGGAAUACACUGCGUUUCGUUUAGCAAUCUUUCUGCACAACACCAGUCCCAAUGCCACAGAAGCGCCUUUCAACCUGGUCCCUCACGUAGACAACAUCGAAACAGCCAACAGCUUCGCUGUGACCAACGCCUUCUGUUCGCAGUACUCCCGGGGGGUCUUUGCCAUCUUCGGCCUGUACGACAAGCGCUCGGUGCACACCCUGACCUCCUUCUGCAGCGCGCUCCACAUCUCGCUCAUCACGCCCAGCUUCCCCACCGAGGGCGAGAGCCAGUUCGUCCUGCAGCUGCGGCCCUCCAUACGGGGGGCCCUGCUCAGCCUGCUCGACCACUAUGACUGGAACCGCUUCGUCUUCCUCUACGACACCGACCGGGGAUACUCCAUACUCCAGGCGAUCAUGGAGAGGGCAGGGCAGAACGGCUGGCAGGUCAGCGCCAUCUGCGUGGAGAGCUUCAACGACGCCAGCUACCGGCGACUCCUGGAGGACCUCGACCGCCGGCAGGAAAAGAAGUUCGUCAUCGACCUCGAGGCGGAGAGGCUUCAGAACAUUCUAGAACAGAUUGUCAGCGUUGGGAAGCACGUCAAAGGAUACCAUUACAUCAUGGCAAACUUGGGGUUUAAGGACAUCUCUCUGGAGCGGUUCAUGCACGGCGGAGCCAACGUGACAGGCUUCCAGCUGGUGGACUUCAGCACACCCAUGGUCAUCAAGCUUAUGCAGCGCUGGAACAAGCUCGACCAGCGGGAGUACCCCGGGUCCGAAAGCCCGCCCAAGUACACGUCUGCGCUGACCUAUGAUGGAGUGCUGGUAAUGGCAGAGGCCUUCCGGAACCUGCGGAGGCAGAAGAUUGACAUCUCUAGGCGGGGGAACGCCGGGGACUGCCUGGCCAAUCCGGCCGCGCCCUGGAACCAGGGGAUCGACAUGGAGCGCACGCUGAAGCAGGUGCGAAUCCAAGGCCUCACAGGAAAUAUCCAGUUUGACCACUAUGGGCGAAGAGUCAACUACACCAUGGAUGUGUUUGAGCUGAAAAGCAAUGGACCUCGAAGGAUCGGAUACUGGAACGACAUUGACAAGUUGGUUCUGAUCCAAAACGAAUUACUGCUUCCAAAUGAGACUGCAGCCAUGGAGAACAGAACAGUUGUCGUCACAACAAUUAUGGAGGGACCGUACGUGAUGCUCAAGAAGAACUGGGAGCUUUACGAGGGAAAUGACCAGUAUGAGGGCUACUGCGUGGACCUGGCCUCUGAGAUCGCCAAGCACAUCGGCAUCAAGUACAAGAUUUCCAUUGUGCCUGAUGGGAAGUAUGGAGCCAGGGACCCGGAGACCAAGAUUUGGAAUGGGAUGGUCGGAGAGCUGGUGUACGGGAAAGCAGAGAUCGCGGUGGCCCCUCUGACCAUCACCCUGGUGAGAGAGGAGGUUAUCGACUUCUCCAAGCCCUUCAUGAGCCUGGGCAUCUCCAUUAUGAUAAAGAAACCACAGAAGUCCAAACCAGGUGUCUUCUCUUUCCUGGACCCACUGGCCUAUGAGAUCUGGAUGUGCAUCGUGUUCGCCUACAUCGGUGUGAGCGUGGUGCUGUUCCUGGUGAGCCGCUUCAGCCCGUACGAGUGGCACACCGAGGAGCCGGAGGAGGGCACAGACGGGCAGCCCAGCGACCAGCCACCUAACGAGUUUGGGAUCUUCAACAGCCUCUGGUUCUCUUUGGGUGCCUUCAUGCAGCAGGGAUGUGACAUCUCCCCAAGGUCUCUCUCUGGACGUAUCGUCGGAGGGGUGUGGUGGUUCUUCACCCUAAUCAUCAUCUCAUCCUACACGGCCAACCUGGCAGCCUUCCUCACGGUCGAGAGGAUGGUGUCGCCCAUCGAGAGUGCGGAGGACCUGGCCAAGCAAACUGAGAUUGCAUAUGGGACACUGGAUUCAGGAUCCACUAAAGAGUUCUUCAGGAGAUCGAAAAUAGCCGUGUAUGAAAAGAUGUGGACUUACAUGAAGUCCGCCGAGCCCACGGUGUUCACCAAGACCACGGCAGAGGGCGUGGCGCGUGUGCGCAAGUCCAAGGGGAAGUACGCCUUCCUGCUGGAGUCCACCAUGAACGAGUACACGGAGCAGAGAAAGCCCUGUGACACCAUGAAGGUCGGGGGCAACCUGGACUCCAAGGGCUACGGCGUGGCCACGCCCAAGGGCUCACAGUUAAGAAAUGCUGUUAACCUCGCAGUUUUAAAACUGAAUGAACAAGGCCUGUUGGACAAAUUGAAAAACAAAUGGUGGUACGACAAGGGAGAAUGUGGCAGCGGAGGAGGUGACUCCAAGGACAAGAGCUCUCAGGCUCUGAGCCUCAGCAAUGUGGCCGGGGUGUUCUACAUCCUGGUGGGCGGGCUGGGCCUGGCUAUGCUGGUGGCCCUCAUUGAGUUCUGUUACAAGUCCAGAGCCGAGGCCAAGAGAAUGAAGCUCACCUUCACUGAAGCCAUGAGAAACAAGGCCCGGCUGUCGAUCACGGGCAGCGUUGGAGAGAACGGCCGUGUCCUGACCCCUGACUGCCCCAAGGCCGUCCACACGGGACCCUCUCUCCGACAGAGUUCAGGACUGGCUGUGGUGUCAUCGGACUUACCGUGAAAACCAAAAAUAUCCUAGUGCCUUAUCACAACACAACACAACAAACAGACGAACAAAACAAAAGGAAUGAAUGAACAACAGAGGGGGGAAAAAAAAAACAAUGGAUGACAUCUUGCAAACCGAUUGAUGAAACUGCCUCCGGAGCUAAAGGUGAGGGGGGGGCAGGAUCAGAGGAAGGAAGGAUACCAGGCGAUCGACUGAAGGUAAACGCAGCACAGACCGACGACAUCAGAAACAGAAAAAAAAAAAAAACUGACGACUUCAACUUUUCGACAUAUCGCGACCAGGGUGCACCGUGCCGCGCCUCGCAGACGGCAUGUUCCGCCACGUCAGCACACGGAGACUGCCUCUGACUGCCAGGCAGAGAGCCCUGCACCGGGAUGCCUCUGUCUAGCGGCAGAGUUGGAAGAGGGGGAAAAAACCUAUAAGACCACAAAGCUGUACUUGAAACAUAAACUGUGCUAAUUAGCAUUUCUGCCAUUAACUAUUAAAACGAACAUGCUUGUUAAACACUUGGCUGUAGUCUUGCCAAAAUAACGCUGAGGUCAAUGAGCCAAUUAGCCUACAACUCACCGAAUAUCCGCAGCUGACAUGGGUGGCAACGGCAAGUGUCGC